ACUGCCGGUUAGCAGUUGAGAAAAGAAACAAAAGGAAUACUGGAUAAAUAGAAGAAAAGAAGGUAACAAACUUAAAUGUUCCCCCAAAAAAAAGAAGAAGAAAUUGAGAAAUAAUAGAAAACAGAGUGUGAGUGAGCGAAUGAGUAGGAAGAUAACAAAGUUUGGUUGAUCUAUUCGGUUCCUUCAUCCUCUGGGUUUUCUUCCAAUCCAACCAGCCGCCAUCAAACGAAGCGGUGCUCUUUUACAACAACCACCAUCCUUGCUUAUUUUCGUGUCGGUACGAUGUAUUUUUUGUUUCUUCUCUCCAAUACCCCCAUUUCCACUUAAUUACUUACUUUCCUUAUUUGGACCCCUUAAACCCUCCAACAUUUCCUUCUAUUCCUUACUAAAUUACUCAUCCAACAAGCUGCUAAGAUGUGGAAACAACUUGCUACAUAGUUCUGUCUUCAUUUCAAUGGAUCCUGCUGAUAAAGAAGAAAAGACUACCCAUGUAAUUGGGGAUCAACCAACCAGUGAUGUUGUGGUGAGGCUUCGCACACAGGAAGGUCGAGACGAUUGGCUGUACUGCCACUCUGAGAUUCUUACCAAAAAUUGCAAGUAUUUCGCCGACCGGCUAUCUGAGAACUGGCCAACAUGUCAGAUCCUUGGUUCUCGUCACUGUGUCGAUGUCUAUUGCCAAGAAUUGGAUUUUGAUUACCAUGUGAAUCUCAUACGCCUUCUAUACUACUGCGUGUGUGAAUUACUUAGAAGCAGUCGCAUGGGAGGAGGCCGAGGAGGAGGAGAUAUUGAGACUCGUACCUCGAAUGGGGUUACAAGCAGAGCCUAUUCUAGCUAGACUUCAGCCGGUCAGCCAGUCAGCUUUGACAAACAUCUUUGUCUCGGCUAUUCGAUUUGCCACAUCAUCUCCUCCACCCGAAAUGAAUGAUCUUAAGUCUUCAGCGCAAGAGCAGCUCGAGUAUAUGAUAACUGAAGAUGAUGAUGCUCCUUUAUUGACAGCUGAUGACAACAUAAGACACGAGGUCAUAGACUGUUUAAACAGAUUGUUCUCUAGGUUUAACAACUCAGUAAUAGCUCCAUUCUGUGAUUCUGCAGAAUCGCUCUCUGAGGCAGGGAAUAUUCAGUUGUUUCUGUCAUAUUUGACUGAUUUGUCAUGGGUCUCACAGAUACUUAGUAAGUUGGAGAUAAUGAGAGAACUUGUUGAGUAUUGGUUUGAUGUAUCAGAAAAGAUUGUUAAGGUGCUUGAGCAAGGAAGUUCUGCCAAGGAAGUAACUGAGAUGAAGCUCCGGGCAAUUGAGGUCACAUCAAAGGUUCUAGAGGCAAUCGGGUAUGGUAGUGUCAUACUGCCAACUGCAAAACGGCUUCAGAUUUUGAAAGUGUGGCUUCCAUUUGUGAGGGUUACAAAACCGAUGAUCGAUUCUGCCAUAAUGAAUGGUGAAGAUGGCAUGGUGAUUAAGAUGGAUGGAGAGCUAUGGCAAUCCCUAGAGUCUUCUUUUGUUUCCAUUAUUCUUGCGUUACCGUCUGCAGAUCAGGCAGAGGUUUUAACUGAAUGGUUGGAAAAUGAGUGUAUCCGGUAUCCGGACCUAACUGAGGCAUUUGAAGUAUGGUGCUACAGGUCUAAGGUAGCUAAGAGAAGAUUGUCAUUGCUAGGGGAUGAUCAUGCCAUGACCAACUCCAUUUGAAAAUUUCACAGAUUCAGUUUCUUUCUAAUGAACUAUUUUAGAACUGCUUAUCCAAAGAUUCCUAUCAAGGCAUUUAGAAGAGAAUAUGAACCCCUUUUUUUCCGGCUUGUGAAUGGAAAUUUUGGUAGGAGCCAUCCAAAUCUGAUCAUCUCCAUUCACUACAACAGUUCAAUGUAAAUUGCAUUGUAGAUUUUGUAAAACGUUGUUAGUUUUAACUAUAAAAUGUAGAAAAUGUAUUUUGAGAUGAUUGAUUCAAGAGUAAACAAAAUCUCUAUGCAUGAUAAUAGUUGACUGGUCUCACUUGGUAUGUUCUAAUUA